AUGCAGUGUCCAAGCGAUGAACGUGACGUUCCUUCCUGGUUGAAUGAUGAUUUCUUUCUGCAAGUGAUACGAGACUUUACCCAUGAUUCCAGGGCACGACUGUGUCAUGGAUGUAAGUUGCGUGCCGGUACAAAACCCGGUGAACAUUUCGCAAGUGUCAUGUACCGAACGACGAUCCACUAUCGAUGCCAUCAGGGAAAGGAAGCUUCGCUGGACGUGAUCAUGAAGAUUAAACCAUACCAGGCUGGUCUGAAGAAGGACGUACUCGAAGGUGGAGAUCUUUUUUCAAAAGAAAUACACAUCUACAGCAAAGUGUUGCCAGAGAUGAAGAGGAAAUUGGCGGAGAUUGGUGAGACAUUCAAUUACCCAAGGUUUGUAUAUGCAUCAGACACCCCUUAUACCAUUCUGAUAUUGGAAGACGUUAGUGGACAAGGGUGGAAUACGGGAGGCUAUCUAACAUCGUUGGAGGACGUUAUACCAGCAAUUAAAUCCAUUGCUAAAUUUCACGCUGCAUCCGUCGUGAUGGAGCACGAGGACUCAUCCUUCAGUACCCAACAUCGCUGCAAUGUGGCUGAAAAGUUUAAAUCCCUAGACGGAAUGUUAGCGAAAAGCUUUAAGGAUCUGUUGGACUUCAUGCGAACAACGCAAGGAUUUGAGCAUUUGAUUAAACCCGUUGAAAAUCAACAACGAAAAUUGCUUGAUAAUCUCGUGCAAAGUUAUGCCCCAUCGUCCGAUUGUCUCAAUGUACUGGUUCAUGGAGAUUUCCAUUCGAAAAAUUUACUCCACCAACAUGCACCGGACGGACGGGUGAGGGACACGAUGUUAAUCGACUACCAAAUUUGUAGCUGGACAACACCGGCAGUCGACCUGUACUAUCUGCUCGAUACAAUCGUCGAGCAAGGUGUAAAGGAACAGCAUCGGGAAACGAUGAUCUAUCUGUACUAUGAAGAGUUUCGGCGCCUUUUGCUCCAGCUCGGAUGGCUCGGACGUAUUACCUCACUGCAGGAGUUACACAUGGAGUUACUUCGCAAAGGUGCGCUUGAGUUGUUCCAUUACGUAGCUCUGUAUCCGUAUCGAUUUAUCGAUCGUUCGAAGAUCGAUUUUGAAGCGCUUCUGUCCGGCAAGGGAAGCAAUCCCGCCGCCAGCAGUCCUGUUUACCGUCGUGUGAUGCACGAAGUACUGACAAGGUUCCUCUAUCAGGGUGUGAUGGAUGUUUAG